ACUGUGCCAUCGUGACGGCCCAACUGGUAGGUAUUCUGUGGGUUCUGUGAACGGCCGCGGCACUGAACACGCCGCGGUGCGUAGUUUUUGAUGUUCUCUACCAGCGCGGCAUUUCUUUGUGUUAAUUGGGCCGAAUUCUACACGCGUAUUUGGCUUCUGCAGUCAGAAUGUACGUACCUAGAAAUAAAAAGAGAAACUUCGUGGUUGUUCCGUGGUAUAACAGGCACGAAUGGGAAAAGACGUACCGGAACCUCUUCAGCGAUUCGCUCAAGGAUCAGGCUGCUGGGCUGGGAGUGGUCGCUGCUUGGCGUAGCAGGCUCUACGGCCACCUUCCUCGAGCCAUCGAGUCCACUGCUGCUCUGGUGCAAGCCCAGCUGAGUGAGAGCCGGUCACGCCUGCACAAUGACAGUCUCAAUGCCGAGGAGCUCAGCUGCCUCUAUGCCGUGGCUAUAGUCAGGUGA